AUGGAAGCAACUGUACUCGGUGCGGCGGUGACCGCGGCCGUUGUGGCAACCCCGGUGCUGUUUGUGCGCCGUUGGAGACGAAGGCGCAUCAACAAAGAGUUGGAAGACACACUGAGUCUAGCGCGCGGGCUACAAGACCCCGAGAAGAGGCGACAAGUCUUCUUCGAUGUGGCACACCGCUUUGCCGCGAACAACGGAUCUCCGGUGAGUUUCACAGACAGCUACGAGGACAAGGUAUACCUCGAUGUGGUUGAGGAACCCACUGGCGCAUGCAACAUCACUGCCAUCGAUCCACACAAUUUCCGAUUCGCCAUUCACAAGAAGCUAUUCAAGUGGAAGGUUUGGGUCGCAGUUGACGCAGAGCUCGAUUUCUCAUCCUACCACGAGGCCUCGUCUCAUUCCCGUGACCCGACUGGAGCCGACAAUGACACCGACAAUGCACAAUCAACACUGGUGAGGCGAGCACUCGACGAGCCCCUUACUUUCGCAAUUAUGACUAUCAUGGAUGAGGUCUUCGCGAGGCUCCGUGUGCAGGCCAAAGGGUCCCACCAUGUUCCUGACGAGGUCGACCUGGAGAUACUCGUUUGGGACACCGUUAUUUCACUGAACUUCAACACACGCACGCUGAAGGCUGAGACGCACUGGAUUGGGAACAUCGGUGACAAUCGACCGUCGAGAAGAAGCUGGGUCAUUAUACCCCUUCCUUUCUUUUUUGACUCCUGA